AUGAGCAUGUUCCCUGACCCACGACGUAUCGUCACUGGCCACGAUGACAAAGGCCGGUCUAUUGUCGUAGCAGAUAGUACCAUUACCUGCGAACCAACGCCAGUCAAAUGUAACUUCGCUGUUCUCUAUGAAACACAUCAAUUUCCAGCAUCUAACAAUGAGUGGGUCGAUCCGAUUACUACACGGACAACUGACUUGUCCAACAAGGACGGUGUUGUAUUGAGAGUGGUUGAUUUUCCACCUAACACGGCUACAAUAUAUCACCGCACCGUGUCACUUGAUUUUGGCAUCCUACAUGAAGGGGAAAUUACUUGCCAUCUUGAUGACGGAGUCCGAAUCGACAUGAAAGCCGGGGAUGUAUGCGUUCAACGAGGCACCAUCCACGGAUGGACAAACUACACAGACAAACCCGCAAGAGUUUACUUCAUCUUGACCGCUGCGGAACCUGUUAAGAUCAAUGGACAGGAGCUGGGAAGUGACGGCUUCAAGCGGGAGGAAGUAGAGUCGGGUGGUAAAUAA